AUGCAGUCCUCUGUUGCUCUCCUCGUCGCGGCCUCUGCCUCUAUGGGUGCUGCCUGGAGCAUCACCGCAUACAGCGACGCCCACUGCACCGAUAGCACUGGGUUUCAUCUCGGCCAGGAGGGCACUAUCGGCUGCGUCGGCAUCUCGAGCAACGAGACCAUCAAAUCCAUCGGCGUUACCGAUAUGUCUAAUGACCUGAUUUUCCAGGGGUCCAGUGGCUUUUCUUGCAACAACUUCCAUCAAACUGGUGGUAAUGGCUGCUACACUCAGGGCCAGCAUUUCCAGUCGUUCACUGUGAACCAAAAGUAG